AGACUGGCAUGGCGACAGAGAAUGCUGUUUAACAUACAUGAGGAUACAUUCGACGAUUGUGUUUCAUACGUGGAGUCUGGGCGGGUUCAUGAAAAUUCUGAUUUCAAUAAUAGAACGUUUAGCGCCGUUAAACGGGAACUUUUGUCAUAUUUUGAUAACCGGACUACUUUGUGGAUGAAUUUAAGAAGAGGUGCCGAUAAUGAUAGUGAUAGGAUAACUGACUUUGACUUAUUUCCUGCUAAAAGUUUGACCCAGAACAAUUUCAAUCCUAUUGUGGAAACUACAUCUACUAAGAUUCCAUACAAGAGAAAUUGCACUGUUCCUAUAGAACCACAACCAAGAUCAGACUCAUUUCAACAAGACCAAGAGCUGAAUACGCCAAUUAAUAAAAGUAACAAACUCCAACGAUUUCUCAGCAAACUUAACAAGCGACAAUUCUCCCCUUUUAAGAAACACAAGUCUACAUCACAUACUUCCCACCGUCUUUCAUUAUCAUUUAGAAGAAGUUGGUCCAAGAGAAAGACAAAAUCUCCAUUAAUAUUAGCAUCCCAAGCAAUGGAAGAAAUCACUUCAGACCAAUCCUCGUCCUUUCGAGAUGAAGCACUACCCAAGUUCUCCCAGGCACAAUCGCCCAUUGAAUUUUCGCUUUUCUCACCACCGCCACCAAAACAAAGAGAUGCAUCCCUUGAUGCCCAGCUUGUCCUCCCCACUCCACAAUUACCAGCCAGUGGAAUUAGCAGAUUUAAUUUUGACUUGACUAGUUUCUUUAAUGGGUAUUUCUUCCUGGAUGCAAAACCAGCUGUAGAAUACUCCGAAUCACAAAUCACCAAAGGCUCACUUGAUGGACAGUAAUGCGCUACCAUAUAGUCAUAAAUGAUGAGUCAAUUUAUUUU